AUGGACCUACAGGCACAACUGGAGAGCACGACCGAGAGGAGCUGGAAUAAAGAGAAGAUGGAGCUUUUGGAGCGUUUUGACAAUGAAAGGAAGGAGUGGGAAUGUCAGUGGAAGGUCAUGCAGAAGAAAAUAGAGGAGGUAUUUCGGAUUAUUCUGGAUGUCAACAAACGUACACCCCAGCUAACAAUCCUAAAUGUGGAGCAGUUUGUGACUGUGCCUAAGCUAGUAGAGAUCACAGAUGAACUCAUGCCUCCCAUAGUAACUGCUCAGGACUCCUUAGGGAUACUACUUCCAAGUUUGAAAACUACAGUUCCACCUCAUCAAAAAGCAACUGUAUUUUCCCUAAGUACUUGCACUGAACUCCAGAAUAAUGCAAAUGUUUUACAUCUCAGUCCUAUGUAUGUCUUCACAGAAGUUCACGCCACUGAAGUUAGUGGGGCUUACUCACUUUAUCAGGAGGUAAAAUUAAGACGUGAGAGCAAUAUAAAUGCCUUUGAGAAUAAGGCCAUUCGUAACAAGACACAGCAGCAGUCCAUACAUUCUCCCACUUCAGAAUGGAGUGACACACCAGGACUGAACUCUAGUUCAGCAGACCAAGAGAGUUUGCUCACCAAGGCAGAAAAGGAGAGCAAGGACAUGAGAAACAAGGGGAGAAACCAUGGGAUUGUAAAGGAUACUCUGGCCUUUGAGAGUUAUGAAGAAUCUGAAGACUGCCCGGGCUUGAAAACAACCAAGAAUUAUACUCAGGAUCUCAAUAUUGCUCUUAAAGAACUUGCCAAAGUAAGUGAAGACUUGUGCAGCUACCAAGAGGAAAUCCGUAAGAAGUCCAACCACAGAAGAAAGAAGUUGUUUCCUGUCCUGGGAGAAUCUAUCGAAACUAAAAAUACACUGAUCUCACAAGAGGUGAACCAUAUGUGUAACAAUGAUACACAAACAACUUCAGUUGCAUUUGAAACAGAAGAACAAAAUAACAGGAAGAACUUGAUGGGCAUCAACCCAUCAAAGGAGACUCCAUCUAGUGCUCUUACUGGGAUUGAGAGAACAGGCUUUUUGCCUUGGCAAAAAAGAGAAGCUCCUCCCAUUCCUCCGAGAAGCACUUCUCGGCAUUUGACAAGCUCUCUAGCACACAUUUCUGAAGCAUUAGCAAAAGAUACAGGGCCCAAAAGCAUCUGUGAGACCCAGGAGUGCCACAACGGAAAUACAUUGACUGAUCCACCUUUUGCAAAACAAUAUGGUGCUCCAAUGCCACUGACAAAUGAAUGGAAAUCUGUUAGUGGGUCGGCAGUGGCUGCCACAGUGUCCAUACAAAAAGAGGAUCCAUCUCUUGAAUGCAAGUUGCCAGCAGGAUUUUCUCACAACACUUGGUCCCAUGAUGCAAGCAAGGUUGGGAACAGUCCUAAAAAUGGCUCUUUUCCACACUUUGUCCAGAAGAGCUGUUCCAAUGGGAACUUGGUGCCCCAGAAACAGCAUUCUAAAUCACAAAGCAGUGGGCAUUUUACCAGUGACUUAUAUGCCCCUGUGUGUGACACCCUGGGUGAUUCUGCAUACGGAACUGGAAAGACACAACGAAAUGAAACGCUGGAGGCAAAAAUUGAUGAGUUUAACAGAACUGUGUUUCACACAGAUAAAGGCCAUGAGUGUCUGGAACAGAACCAAAUGCUGCCAGUACCAUCUGGUGAUCCUAAACCCCAUCCCAUACUGCAGGAUUGCAGGACUAGCAGAACAGAGUCAACCUGUGUUUUGAAUCCCAGACUCUCUUCAAGAAUGGGUGAAAAAGCCUACAAACCCAGCAAAACUGCCAAAGCUACAGGGCAGCAAAAGCAACUCAAUGGACUCCUAAGUGGCUACCAGCAAAUGCUUCAUGAGCAUGACUGGAGGCCCAGUAAUUUGUCUGGUCGCCCACGAUCAGCUGACUCAAGAUCCAACUAUGGUGUUGUUGAAAAGCUUCUGAAGAACUACGAAAAAUCAACCGCCUUGUGGAACUCAAAACUCCACAAACAGCAGUGGGUGCCACCCAGUUCUGAAUUUGCAGGUGGCAGCUGUGAGAAAUUGGGUCACUAUUUUGAAAUGCUUCAGGCAGAUCAGGGAAAGGAGGAGCAGCAGAAGAACUCAACCAGGCACAUUGGACUUUAUGCCAAGCAUGGCAAAGAGAAGCAGAGAUUUCCUGAGGUAUGGUUUUUAACUGAAAAGUGA